AAGAAACCAAGUCUGCAUAUGUUUAAUUGAAGUUGCGCAAUGGCAAGUGUAGCUUAUUCCAUCUUCAUCUUAAGUUUAUUCGUUUUCACCAUUGUCAAUCUACAUCCAGUUUCCUCUGAGUUUGAUGAGUAUUUCUUCAUCUUUGGAGAUGGACUCUAUGAUUCAGGCAAUACUGAAUACAUAAUUCCUGACGAGUAUCUUCCCGUUUAUCACUCCCCAUAUGGCAACACUUAUUUUAAACAUGGCACAGGAAGAUAUUCGGAUGGUCGCCUAAUUCCUGAUUUUAUUGCUCAUAAGGUUGGCUUUCCUGAUUUCAUUCCCCCGGCCCUCAACACUAGUGCAAAUUUCACUUAUGGUGCCAAUUUCGCUUCAGAAGGUGCAAGUGUUUUCGAUAUUCAACAAAACAAUUCACUGAACUUUCGAAAUCAGGUUAGACACUUCAUAGAAUUGAUAAAAGAAUGGAGAGCCGACCUACAAAAUAUAACCGAAGUCAAUAGGAGGUUGAAGAAGGCUGUUCUCUUAAUUAACAUAGGGACUCCUGAUAUUUUGAAUGCUAAUAUCACUUCUAACACCACCGACGCUCAAUUGGAAACUAUUACAACGGAAGUGAUUGGGAAUAUUUCGGACAAGAUCAAGGUGUUGUAUGAUUUAGGAGCAAGGAAAUUUGUAUUUCAGACUCCGCCGCCCCUUGGCUUCCUUCCAUAUGUUAAGCAAACGCGCAAUGAUUCCAUUAUUUCUGUAAAACUGAAUAUAGUAGCACUUUUGGUAGUUGAUGAACUAUAUGCGGCGCUCAUGGAGAUUAAACAACUAAAUCCAGCAUUCAAUUUUACAAUCUUUGGGGACUUCUUUCCCAUUUUCUGGAGAGUAUUAUUACCUCCACUUUUUGGAUUCAACGAAAGUCGCGUCGCAUGCUGUGGCAAUGGCACAGUUCGUGGCCAAGGUUGUGGAGUUUUAGGUUAUGAAUACUGCGUAUGUGGUAAUAAGACAGAAUACUUGUUUUUUGAUGGGACUCAUUAUAGUGAGGCUGCUAAUAAACAACUAGUUGAACUGAUGUGGGACAAGAAAUCAGGUUACAUAGUACCUUAUGAUCUUAAGGAUUUCUUUGAAAUAUCGAACUCCACAUCUCUCAAGUCUGCAACUUAAUUAUUAAGUUGUUGCUGUAUUUCUGAGGCAUCAGCAUUCCCUCAUAGUCACAGUAGUAUGGCUUUUAUUUCCACCAAAUAAAUAGCAAGAUCAUUUCUUCUUACAGUGUAUGAAGAGGUGGCCGGUUAAAUAAAGUUGGAUGUGAUGUUCUCGAAAUUAUAAAUUAAUAAAAUACUUUUUUUUUUCUUUUAUUAAA